UAUUUCUCUUGUUCAUUCAUAAACAUGUGACAGAUCAUUAGUUGAGCAUGGCAAUUUCGGUUGAAAAUGUUGAGGCACCAAGAAAAAUGCAGGGAAAAUUUCAAGCUAUGUUCAUAUGUUUUAUCCUCGGACUUGGUUCUCUUAUUGCAUUGAAAAUGUGGACAAUGGGAGAUUAUUACUACAAAAUCUUCCCUAAAUAUCAUCCUAUCCUAGUAUUCACUCUAGUUUAUCAGCCAUUUGCACUUGUAACGACAAUGAUAUUGGCGCAUUAUGAGUCAAAAAUCAGUACCCGAAUUCGGAACAUAAGUGGAUACACGCUAUUCUUUGUCUGUUCUUUGUUCCAGAUUGUCUUAGAUUUGGCUACAUCAGGAGCAGGAGGAAUCGGGCCUUUUAUCAGUUUAUGCGGACUUUUUUCUUUUUUUGGAAUUGCUCAUGCUUUUGUCCAAGGAGGCAUCUCGGGAGACCUCUCCCUUAUGAUUCCCGAGUUCAUUCAGUCUUUCAUCGGCGGAAUAACAGCCUCUGGUGCUAUAGCUUGUGGUGUGAGACUUUUUACCAAAUUCUUUUUUGAGAAAUCUGACAACGGUCUUCGCAAAGGGGCUUUGUUAAGCUUAGGCAUCUCUACAUUGUUUCAGCUUUUGAGCAUUGUCGCAUAUGGAAUUUACUUUCCAAAGUUAUCUAUAGUAAAAUACUAUCGUUCAAAGGCUGCUUUAGAAGGAGCCGAAACCGUUUCAGCUGAUCUUGCUGCUGCAUUUGUUGAAUUUGAUGCUAAUCUACAAGCACGGUUAAGCAACAAGACACUGUUUCUUCAAAACAUCGACUUUGCAGCUACCUUAUUCAUGGUAUAUGUAUUAACGCUAUCGAUUAUGCCUGGAUUUUUGUAUGAAGAUACUAGACCGCACCAGCUUGGAACAUGGUAUCCACUUGUUUUGAUCACAAUGUACAACAUCAUGGAUCUAGUAUCAUCCUAUAUUCCCUUUAUCAAAAGCUUGAAGAUGGAAUCUAGAAAAGGACUUUUGUUCACAACUAUUUCUCGAUUCCUUUUGAUCCCUGCAUUUUACUUUACAGCGAAACACGGUAGCCAAGGUUGGAUGAUUCUACUUGUGUCAUAUUUGGGACUAACCAAUGGCUAUCUCACUGUUUGUGUGUAUACAGUUGUACCUAAAGGAUACAAGGGUCCGGAACAGAAUGCGUUGGGUAAUUUGCUUGCGUUGUGGCUUCUGAGUGGUAUAUUUGUCGGAGUUGCUCUUGGUUGGUUGUGGCUAAUUGGAAAACCACAACAUAUCUAA